UCCAAACCCAAAGUAAACACCUAUGCCCAAUAAUUAAGCCCUAACUAAACCCUUAACCUGGAUCGUUUUCUCCAUUUCUAAACCCUUAACCCAGUGCCCGAAGAAGAAGAAGGCAGCGAUGGUGAAUCAGUACGGUAUCAAAUUUGCCAUCCACCUCAUUACCUCCCACUUCGGCAAUCUCGUCGCAAAAGUUUGUGAAAAUCUUCUAAGAAAAGGGCCCUUAACACUCCAAUCUUUAAUCCGUUCCACGGAGCUGACUCCUCUACAAGUUAAAAACUCUCUCCUCAUUCUCAUUCAACACAACUGUGUUCAAGCUUUCUCUAGCGAACAGAUCGGUGCUGGUGGAAAUGAAGUAAAAGUUACCCAGUACUUAGCUGUGUUUAGUAACAUACUCCAUCGCUUGAGGUUUCCCAAAUUCUUGGCAAUUGUAUCCCAAGAGCUUGAUAAAGAUUGUGAAGAAAUUUUUGAGGGUUUGAUUCAGCAUGGGAGGCUAACACUUGAACAAAUAUGUGAUAGAGCAGAAGCGGGCAAAAGUGGAAGAGGAGAUCCUGCCAUUCGAGCUGCUGUGCAAGAAAAUUUUAAUAAACUUCUAAAUGCCCGUUUCGUUGAACGUUGCCCGGCCCCUGAACCAUUUAUUGAACCACCAAGUGAAACGAAAAGCUCUUCAAAUAAAAGAGGGGCAAAAUCUGCUAAGUUGGAUGGUGCUCCGGAGACUGAAGAGCAACGCAUUUUAACAGCAGCAGCACCUUUGGAAGUUCUUCGAUUUUCAAAUUUGACAACUUCUGGAGCUGAUUUUGAUCCAGAAGAUGACAUUGCUGGUUCCUCGGUUGGGGAAAAGAGGAAGCAUGGGUCGUUGGAGUUGGAUGAAGAAUUUGGCUCUAAGAAUAAGGAAGUAACACUUUGGCGAGUCAAUUUUGAGGAAUUUAUCAGAUGUCUGCGGCAUAAGGCUUGCAUUGAGAAUGUGAGAGCACGGCUGGAUGAUGGAGCUGCAAUUGUUUUAAAAGCAAUGUUAGAUGCAACUAGAGGUGCAGAGAAGAAAGUGAGAAGUGAAAAUUCAGUUUCUUUGUCUAUGAAUACAAUUUUUGAAGAGGUGAUGAAAAGUGAAGUUGGUCGUAGUUUAACUCUCGAUCGUGUCAGAGCCUCUCUUGUCCAGCUUGGUUGUUCACCCUCUGAUGAGACGUAUAGUAUUGACUUGAAGAAAAUAAUCGAGUUGGCCCAAAAUGAAGAGGUAGAAUCCAUUGUAUUAAAAAGAUAUGGGAGGGAUGCUUAUAGAAUGUUCAGAUUGCUAUCAAAGGCUGGUCAGCUGCUCGAGACAGACAAGAUUGCAGAUAUGACAUUUGUCGAAAAGAAGGAAACACCCAAGAUUCUUUACAAGCUUUGGCAGGACGAGUACUUGCAUAUGGAGAAAUUAGUUGUCACAGCUGCCAGACAAGUAUCGUUCUUGUUGUGGAAAGUGAACAAGCCUAUUCUAUGGGAUCAUGUACUAGAUGAGAUGUAUCAUGCAGCGUUGAAUUUGAACCAACGAUUGAUUUAUGAGCAGGAACAGAAAGAGCUAUUUUCUCUCCAAUCAGGUGCACAUACAGGGUCCAUAGAGAAAGACCGACUUAGAAACGCAAAGAUAUAUCUGCAAUCUUCACUUAUAAAGCUAGACGAUGCUCUUAUGCUCUUCCAUGAUUUCUGAUUGUCACCAUGCACAAGUGAAUCUUCGAUUAUAAUCUUUAGUCAAACUUUAAAAUUGUAGUUUUGAUGUCGUUUAAAUGAAAUUUUGACUCGGAAAUCAAUUGGAAAUGUUAUAUUGAAAUUCAA